UCUUGGGUUAGAAAGAUGGCUAAACGGCAAAAAAGGUAAAGCUCUAGUCCAUUAGCCGACGUAACGGUGUUUGUUCGCGAGACGUAUUCGCUCCAAAUUGUGCCAAGUUCGAAAGACGAAAAAGAAAACUGAUGGCGUAACACAAACUUCUAAAAGUGCAAAUAUCGUGGAAUCAGCGGAAUAUUUUCCCAAUCCAGAGAAAAUAAAAAUACACUUCCUUUGCGAUGGUUUCUACGGAAUUCCAGAACGAACCUUCAUUGACGCUACAAAUUCAGAUUUCGCGACCAAGAUUCAUCAACUGGUCCUCGCACGCAAAUGAAACUAGUACUGAACCACCUUAUUACCAGACAACAAAAAGUCCGGUUGAUAACGGAGAAAAUUCGAGCGUGACGGAUAGCUAUAAAAUGGCCGCACAGGUAGCCGUUGGUGCUGCUAUUAUCGUGGCUCUGACUAUACUUUUGGCGCUUAUCUGGAACGCAUUCAAGCGGCGUUUUCCCGACAGCAAUAAUUCGGGAACGGCGUCUUCGACUUCGAGACGCUACAGCACUGAUAGCUUCGACAGACUGGUGGAAGAUCGAUUGCGCAACCGUCCGCCUCCGUACAGUCCCGAUCAAGAUAAGCCGCCCUCGUACGAGGAAUCCUUUCACGACACAACCCAUCGCCAUCACUCGCCCACCUCGAGAAGAAGAAGUCGGGAUCGACGGCGCCUUCAGCGUGAAGCGGCCAGCAGUUUAGAGGUGCCUCGUGUGCACGAACUAACCAACAGGUACCCAUCAGCGGCCCCGAGUAGUGAUGGCGGCCAAAGAUCGACUCAAGUGUCGCUGCCGAGCUACAGCACGGCCAUCCGAUCCGUCAGCUACGACAACCGGGCCUUUUCGGCCGAAGAACCGGAACGGCCAGCAUCGACGGUGCUGACGACGACGGACAUUCCCAGCAUUUCAAUGGCCGUCUACGUGAACGAAAGGGAAUUGUCGCUCGGCUGCCAGGACGGCGAUAACGACGACGGUGUCGUGAUGCUUCAUCUUUAAAUAUAAAUAUGUACGCGUGCAUCAAUUUUGCGAUUUUGUUAACAACAAUAGCAAAAAGGUUGUGAAUAAUAGUUUCCGCUUUGGGGCUAUUCUCACGGCGAAUAAGUCGUGCUAUAUUAAUAGAAAUAUAGAUCGUUUUUCUUAUAUUUUUAUCCGGUUAUCUUUGACGCAAGGCCAACACAAUAAUAAUAGUCACACCUUUUCACGUGAAACUGACUUUUCCAUGGAUGACAAUUUAACUUUCUGAGCAGUGAAUGUGCGCAUAUAAAUAAGUAUAUGGUUGCUAUGGCGUUCGAAUAUUAUACUUCGCACCGAGCUGUGAGCGCGAGUUUUGACUUUCGUGAAUUGAAAUGGUUUUUAUAGACAUAAGCAGUUGUAUAUCGCCAACUUAUCAAGUUGCAAAACUGUGAUGGUGCUGUUAUCUAUUGAAUUGUUAGCCCACGCCAGAAAAUGUACUGUAUCAUACCCUUUUGAUUUUGUGAAAUGUUUUCCGUAAUUUGAUUGGCGGAUGCUAUACGUCAAGUGAUUUUGUGUCACUCUAAAUAAUGACGUGUGUGAUGUUGAAAUAACAUAUGUAUGUAACUUUUAUCGAGAAAAGCCAAUCGAUAAAUAAUACCGUGGCAAUGUCUUUUGAUUCAAGCUAAUGUAUAAAUGCAAAUAUUAUCCCCAUAUGUAUACCAAUUGAUUAUGUAUAACACCCAAUAAAUGUUGCGAGCAAAAUUU